AUGAUCUCAACACGGCCGCUCUACAACUCUAAUCUGGAAUUCUUCAGACGCAGUGAUCGAGGUGAUCAUAUGCCAUUGAGCCAAAUCCACCACAUCCAGGAUUAUCACGAAGGCCCAGGCCAUCUCAGCAACCGCACCACUCCAUCAUCUGAACCGGACAACAGAUCGACCGGAGGACAGAGAAAGCGCGUUCCAGUUGCAUGUGAACGAUGCCGCAAGCGCAAAAUCAAAUGCAGUGGGAAUGAAGGAGACAAUCAAAGUUGUGCAAACUGCAAAAACGCUGGGCACGGGGACUCUUGUCGCUUCUUGCGAGUUUCUUCUGCCGAUGUGGGCACCUUUGGUCCACGAGGCUGGCAUUCGCCUCUUCGAUACUCGCCUUAUUCGGUGCCUUCAACGCACCGUCAUAGCUACGUCCCCUCGUCCUCGAGAUAUACUUCUCAGAACUCUGUAACUUAUCCGACUGUCCACUCGAACAUCGACUUUGCUCCUUAUGGGGCAACAACACCUACAGCCGACUGGACCAAAGCACCCUACGUUGGAACAUACUCCCCAUAUCCCGACGACGAAGAAACCAGCCCUUACACCUCCUAUCCUCCUCCUUAUAUCCUUCCCAACACUGAUCCGAUGUCGUCUGCGAGUAGCUACUAUGUCCAUACCCAAAACGUCCGUCCACACCCUGGUACCCUUUGGUCAGAGCAGCAAAGCUGUCUUUCGCAACAAAAUUCCUCUCUGUCGAAUCCGACCUUUACAGUCAUCCCAGAAACUCAGCAGUCAUAUGCGGCGACAGCAGGGUUUGGCAAUCUUCCCUCAGAUCGUAUCCUACCGACCCCAUUUUCAGCCCGUGGCACAAGUUCAACGCAUGCCAGCUCGCUAGAUAGCGUCCCGAACUCGGCAUCGACCCAAAGAAGCUCGAUGUACUGGUCACCAGAUUCAGUUGCUUCUACUCAGCACAUCCCUUCUCAAGUCGACAGCGAUGCGGACCAAGAGCAGCUCGACGACAGGAGAAAUGCAUCUUACAGCUUGAAUGACAUGUCAUACAGUCACGUGGCCUUGGGUGACAGCCUUUCCACGGGCAUACUUCCAGUCGGACUCUCUCUACCUGCCGAUGCACCACAUACGCCUCCUACAGUAACUUCAGCUGAAGGUCUGCAAGCUCAUCAGUCCCUGGUCCAGAGAUCUCGAGAAAGUCCAAAAUCCCACUUAGACAACACGCCCGCCACGUACGGUUACACGGCUCUGAUGACAGGUCGCAGCUCCCAAAUGAGAAGCACCUCAACUCAGCUCUCAAACGGGUCCGUGUAUUGUCACUCGCACCCACUCCUGACAAGAAGAGAGGCCCUCCUGGAUGGUUGCAACCCUGCGGACUCCUCAGGAUGCCCAGUGAACCCCACUAGAAAUCCAACCACUGGCAUCAGCAAUGUCACGUCUGGAUACUGA